AUGGAAAACGGCGCGUGCCGUCACUGGUCACGUGAUGGAUAUUCGACCUCGCCCGCCAGCCGCUUCUCCUCCAGCAAUCUGCCCGUUCGUGAAGCAAACCACUUGCACCACACAAACGCAACUGAUCCAAUUCGUCUAGUCAUGGCAGGCAACGCCCACCACCCUAUCCAUGUCCACCCGGUGCGACCGCUCUACCGCUUCACUGCCACGGCCCUAGGCGCCAGCAUGUGGUUCUUCCUCAUGUACCGAGCCAAGAAGGAUGGUGCCGCCCUGCUGGGCUGGAAGCACCCAUGGGACCACUGA